AUGACCACUUGUGCUCCGCUAUUCCUCCGCAUCACACCACCUCCGAAUGCCGUUAACAUAGAGCAAUGUCUGUUUAGACGUCUUAACUGCAAUAUGUCGCACCUUAGGAAGCUGAGGGCAGCAGCACCAAGUGUGCGAGAAGUCGCGCUAUGGAGCCGGCAAUCCCCUUACUCACGUUCUUUUUCCAGUCACAAUCGCCCAUCGCCGAAAUACCCGCAUCAUGUCCCGCUCGGAUUCUUUGAGAAGGGAUUUCUUGCCGUUGGCUCCGCGGUGGGAGCUCUACUUAACCCUCGAAGAGCUGACCUAAUUGCAACGCUCGGCGAAGUAACAGCAACCCCAUACUUUAUCUACCGACUCCGCGAUGCCAUGCUUCAGGACCCCACCGGUCGACAAAUUCUCCGCGAUCGCCCACGCAUAACCUCCCAGACCCUCCCACUUCCCUAUCUCCGCUCUCUACCUGAAAACUCCGUCGGACGCACCUACGCCACCUGGCUGGAUAGGGAGGGCGUCUCCCCCGAUACUCGGGAUAAUGUGCAGUACAUCGACGACCCAGAGUGUGCGUACGUCAUGCAGCGUUACCGUGAGUGUCACGACUUUUAUCACGCCGUGACCGGGCUCCCUACUUUUGUGGAGGGUGAGUUAGCGCUGAAGGCGUUCGAAUUCCUGAAUACAUUGAUUCCGAUGACGGGGCUCAGUAUGGCUGCGUCUGUGCGGCUGAAGCCUGCAGAGCGAGAAAGGCUUUUCUCAUUAUAUUUGCCUUGGGCAGUGCGCAGUGGGCUGAAUAGCAAGGAAUUGAUCAACGUCUAUUGGGAGAAAAUACUGGAGAAGGAUGUUGACGAGUUGCGGGCAGAGCUAGGGAUUGAGAAGCCGCCAGAUAUGAGGGAUAUUCGGCGGAUGAUAAGGCUCCAGCAGAAGAGGGAGCGAGAACAACAACAAGGGAAAAGCUCUUGAUGCCCUUGCGGCUCGUUAGCCGUAAAUUCAUGUACUUUUCGCGAGACACAAAGAUGUAUAGUACCCCUCACUAGGUC